UAUGCGCCGUGUGGUUAUCUUAGUGGCAAAGAAGUCUGGUUGCUGACCCGAGACAAAGUUCACAACCCAGUUCUUAAGCGCGUAAGAGAGGAGGAGCACUGCAGCAGGUCUGCUGGCCCAUACCAAGGCUGUCGCAUCUUUGCUGUUUGGCGUUGCUGGUAUGCAGUUAAAGGUUCCUACAUGAAGGCAAGCAGACUUCUACAUAAAAUAAUAAAGGUCCUAAUGGGCAAACGAGCAGGAUGUUUGGGGGCAUUAGGACUACUACUGGUUGUUUUUGGGAGUAUUGUUGCAGGAUCCUUUGAUACAUUUGUAGAUAACAUUGUGAAGAAGGAACUUGUCCUGCAAAAUGGAACAGAUAUAUACAAAAAAUGGAAGCUCCCACCAAUUGUGCCUCACCUCCUUGUCUACUUUUUCAAUGUGACAAAUGCAGAGGAGUUCCUCUCUGGAUCAAAACCAGUACUAAAGGAAGUUGGUCCCUAUUGUUACAGAGAACACUGGGAGAAAGUGAACAUUACAUUCCAUGACAAUGGCACAGUAUCAUAUGAAACACAAAAGCAUUAUUUCUUCGAAAGAGGGAGCUCAGUUGGAUCUGAAGAUGAUGUAAUAACUACACUGAAUAUCCCCAUGCUGACUGCAGUGUCUCAGUGGAGGUUUGCACAACGCUUGGCAAAAUUGGCCCUUUCUUCAAUGCUAGAGGUAUUAAGUGAAAAACCUUUUAUCUCUCGCACUGUUAGUGACCUGAUGUGGGGCUAUGAUGAUCCACUUCUCAGAAUUGCAAAAGAUAUAAUUCCUCCAGAGCAGCGCUUACCUUAUGAUAAGUUUGGAUUCUUCAUACAAAAAAAUGGAUCAACUGAUGGGUUGCUUAAUGUUUUUACUGGAGUAAAUGAUAUGGCAAAGUAUACUACUAUUGACACCUUCAACAAGGAACGAGAGCUCAAAUACUGGAAAACAGACGAAUGCAAUAAAAUUAAAGGCACGGAUGGAUCUUCUUUCCCACCUGGUAUAAGAAGAGAUACUGUCCUUUACAUGUUUAAUGAAAAUUUGUGCCGAUCAAUUCCUCUUACUUUUUGGAAAGAGGUUGAAGAAGAUGGCAUAAAAGGCUUCAGGUUUUCCCCUCCGGCUGAUGUGUUUGCUAAUGUAUCCAUUAAACCGGAAAAUGACUGCUACUGCGUAGGAGGCCCACCAUGCAUAGGUGGUGGCGUCUUCAACAUCAGCACAUGCAAAUAUGGUUCUCCUACAAUAGUAUCAUGGCCACAUUUUUACCAGGGGGAUCCAAAAUUCCUAGAUGCAGUUGAAGGUCUCAAACCAGAUGCAGAACAACAUUCACUUUACAUUGAUGUUUCCCCGCGUACAGGAAGCCCUCUCAGAGCACAGGCUCGUUUACAAAUAAACAUUGCUGUGCCUCAUGUUCCAGAAGUCAAACCGGCAGCCAGACUCCGGGAAAUAAUUUUUCCAGUAUUGUGGUUUCAAGAUGGUGUUUCUGGAUUACCAGAGGAUGUUAUCGAGAUGCUCCGGAUGGCUGAAAAUGUUCCGGAAGUAACAAAAGCCAGCCUAAUUAUGGCAUUCUUCAUUAUUGGAGUAGUCAUUUUAUUGGGUGUGGGUAUCACCAUAUUAGCUGAAUACUUCAAGCUGCAUAUUCCAUUCUUGAAUCCCAGUAUAGAAGUUAAAAAAGAAGGCAAAGUAACUGAUGGAAAGCCAACACUCACCACCAAGCCUGAACCAGCAGGCCACAUUAAUCCCUUAGUAACAGAAAACCCAGAAAGUGAUAUUGCAUGAAAUUUUUGGACAGUCCCAUACAUGAAUAGACAGUUUUGCAGAGAAAAUCAUUAUUCAGUAAGUUAUCCAAAUCCUCAUUACAUGUAUGCACACCGUAGAAUGCAGCCUAGUAUGCCAAGUACUAUCAGUGGCAUUGGGGUUCCUCACUGGGAUCCUUGGAGGUUAUCAUAUCCUUGGUACAGUACUUAUCCAUCAAAUCUUGGUGUUCAUUAUUAUGCCCAGCCUUCUUAUUCAACAUAUCAACGUAGGAUGCAAUUUGCUCAUCCUGACUUAAUUUCAUCUACCACUAGAAAGUAUUGUAGAAAGAACAAAAUUUUAAUGUAACACUCAUAACUGGGUUUUUAUAAUUAUUUUGAAUUUGUAAUAGUUUUGUAUACUAUAAUGGAAGUGAUAGUUAUUUUUACUUCUGGAGUUGUUUUUUCAUGUGUGUGGCUGUCCUGUUCAUUGUUUUUGUUUUUACUGACACUGCAAAAUGGCAAGUUUUAAGUUUGACUACCAUCAUUUUGCAUCAUGUUUUGCUAAAAAAGUAAUUCAAGUAAUAACAUUAAUAAAUUUCAGUAAAAUCAGAAAUACCUCUGGACUUAAUAUUACUAUUCAUUUUUGACGAAAAUCAAAAUUAUUUUUGUAAAAAAAGUGUCCUUAUUAGUAUUUUGCCAUGUUUAUAUGCCUGUGUACUGUUUACAGUUUCUUUGUGUACUAUGUACAUUAGGAAACUGUUAUUAUC